AUGACUGAUAGAAAGGCUUGGAAUUAAAAAGAGGAUAUUGCAAUCCUACAGUUAGUAAAGCAGUAUGGAAUUAAGAAGUGGACAAUUGUGGCUGAAAAGAUGAAGGAAGUGUAUGGAUUAUUUGGGAGGUCUGGGAAGUAAUGUAGAGAACGUUAUCACAAUCACCUUGAUCCAACAAUCAAUAAGGAGCCUUGGAGUGAAAAUGAAGAAAGAGUGAUCUUUGUCGCUCACAAAGAACAUGGCAAUAAGUGGGCAGAAAUUGCGAAACUGUUACCAGGGCGAACAGACAAUGCAAUAAAAAACCAUUUUUAUUCCACUUUAAGAAGAAGUCUCAGGAGAAUCAAUAAACUCAUCGGAGAUAAGAACAGUAAUUGGCAUGAUUAUAUAUUUAGCAAAGAAAAGGGUACCCAACAGAUCAAGGAUAUCAAGCCAGGAGUAUUGUCUAAGAUUUUCAUACUUGCAGAAAAAAAUCCAUCUGAAUUAAAAGAUGAUCAUAUGAAAAGGUUAUGUUAAGCUUGUAAAGGACUCUAAGACUCCAUCUUAGAAUUUGCUUAAUCCAAAUAGAAAUCUCAAAUAAAUCAAUUCAAUGAAGACAAGUUCAAAUAACUUAUUGACAAAAUUAUGGAAUUCAAUGCCCUCUACACAAAAUAAAGAGAAAGCAGAUUAAAACUGAAGAAGAAAAAUCAUAAGAAGAGAAAAAGCAGAAUUGAUGAUGAUGAUGACGAUGAUGAUUAUACUAGUGAUUACAAAUACGAAGAAAUUAGCAACUAUGUUCCACUCAAGAGAUCCUCGAGACUCAAUGCAAAAAAGAAAGUGGUAGAAUUUACAUCUCAUUUCUAGCAUAUUGAUAAAGAAGAUUACAUAGAUAUAUGUAUCAGAACCAAAAAAGGUCCACUAUUCAAUAUCAUUCGAGAUGAAUUCGAAAUCCAGCAGGAUAAUGAAGAAUAGCAAUCUUCUAACAAUUAUCAUCAAUAAUACAUCUACGAUUAUUAGGGAAACAACAGUCCAAAUAAUCAGUAAAUGACUCCGGCCUUCCCUGUAUUGACUCCAAGAUAGAUAUUCUUUUAGAAACCUAUAAAUCCAUAUCAGGAAGAAUUAGGUUUGGAUGAUAAUCCCUUAAGUAAAUCCAAUUUUGUGCCAAUUGUCAUUACAAAACCAUAUACUUAAUGCAAAGAGAAAACCCUUGAUACAAUUGCUUCACAAUUAUAGAAGAAAAUUAAUGCAAAUGCUGAUAAAUAUAUAUUUAAUUAAUAAGCUACUCAAGAUUCGGAUUUGGAAAUCAAUAUUGGAGAAGCUUUUGAGAUUUAAAAGGACUACAAAUCCCCAACCAGUAAAUUUGGAAUUGGUGGUUACAGUCCAAGUGCAUUUAGAAAAUAUAAAAAAGAUCAGGAGACUGGUUUAGUUAAUUUCAUGGUUACACCUCAUAAUUAUAAAUGAUGUAUUGAUUUAUCAAUGUUUUCAAAAAUUCCAUUAAUAGAAUUUAUUAUUAA